CUGAUGCCGAACCACAUAGCGACCAUGUGGUGAGUCGUCGCCUCAAGAGGCCAGUGCACUGUCCUGAAGCAUUCUCAUUCGAUGUCUUUUACCUCUCUCCCUCCUCUUCCCGGUCGCAGCGUUGAUUGUGAUAUCUUGAUCUGACUGAAUAUGCGUCCCUCCAUUCGUUUCUGCUUGUGCGCGGCGCUGUUCUUCUCGUGUCGGAAAUGCGUCCUUGGCACGCCUGCGAACCGAACGAUUGAUGACGAGAACGGGGACUCAGUUACAGGUCUCAAGCCAACUUAUUUAUCCUCUGACGAUUGGAACUACGGUCCCGAUUGUUCUGGCUGUUAUGUGCAACCAAACAUCAAUGACACGUUUGAGCACUCCUGGCACGAUACCACUGCAUCGCCGUCAGACCCGUCCCCCAGGAAUGUGACGCUCACAUUCAAUGGGACUGCUAUCUGGGUAUACUGCAUCGUACCGAAUUACGUCCAGUACGCGACAACUUUCGUGAACAUCAGCUUCGAGCUCGAUGGCGACACCGUGGGGUCAUAUUCGCAUCUACCGAGUGCCUCCACAGAUAUGGCCUACAAUGUGACAGUAUAUAGCAACACUUCUAUGGAAGACAAGGAGCAUACAUUGAUAAUGACGCCGAGGCGCGAUGUUAAUUCGUCACUUAUACUGUUCGACUGGGCGGAAUACACAUAUGAUCCCGAUCCACCGGUGACAUCGAGCACUGCUACAAGUGCUAGUAUUGGAACGACAAGCAGCGAGAAAUCUACGAAGACAAGUGCAGGAGCAUCUGUUGCUAGCACCUCAUCAUCUUCCAGCACCUCAUCAUCUUCCAGCACCUCAUCAUCUUCCAGCACCCCAUCAUCUUCAUCACAUAGCCCCAUUGGUGCUAUCGUCGGCGGUGUCGUCGGCGGAGUGGGCGCGCUCGUCAUCGCUCUCCUGGUCUUCCUAUAUAUACGGCACCGUAGCAGACGCGGGGCAGACAGGAUCUGGCGAGUGGACGGCGAAAAUCUGCGGCAACACGAGAUCGACGAAAGCGAGCCAAUGGCCAAAAUAGAGCCAUACGUCGACCACCCAGUCACAACCCAGUUGGAAUUUCCGCACGUGGACGGACCAUUUGAGGGCUCAGAAACGACUAUUGGAGUUCCUCAAGGCGCCCAUACCGACCCAGCGACCAAUGUCGCCACCUCCGGCUCUUCAGCGCCAUCCACGAUAGCUGCUGCGUCAAGCGUUGCCAAUGUAUCGUCGAGUACAAACCAAGGCAGACGGACAAAGGCAGCAGUGCUUCGUGAAGAGCUGUCACGGCAAAUGCGCGACGUGGAGCAACAGGUUGCUGCCUUACAGCGCCGCCAAUCGCGUAGCGGUGGCGCGUUCCCGGACCAGCCUAGUCGCCCAACAGCAAAUCCGUUCGAGGAGGUGCAUGACGACUCGGAGUUAAGGAGACAGAUUGAAGUCUUGCAACAAGAGGUAGAGAGGUUGAGGGCGGAGCAGGCGGCAGCAAUGGACGAGGCUCCCCCAGCGUACGAGCCUGAAGAGGACUCGGAGCAUUUGGCGGACCGUCAAUGAUAUGUUAUAAGUGCUCUUGUAAAGUUCAUGUAUUUAUCUCGGAAGCUAUUGCGUCUAUUCUAUUCUGUUUGGCUGGCUGGACUAGGACCCCCC